CCGCCGUCGCUCACCGUCCGAUGAGCUGCCGCUCCGAGAAAGAACACGCAAGCGCCAGCGGCCAGCCGGCCAGCGCUAGCCAGCCAGCCGCCAAGCCGCGCCCGGGCAGGUGCGGGCACCGGGCACAGCCGCACAGGCGCACGCUUCACUCGCCGCGCGCCCGCUCUCGAAUCUCGAUCAGCGCCCCCGCGCCGCUAUCACCCAUCCUGCCACCCACCGUCAGCCGAUCACAAAAGGCGGCGCGCCCCGCCCCGCGCUGGCCGCGCCCACACAAAAAAGGCGGCGCGCGCCGCCCCAUUCCCUUCCCUUCUUUCCUCUCCCACCCCUCGCUCGCUUCCCAAUUCCCAACCCCGCCGGCCGCGAGCGAUGCCCGGGAUCCCCACCGCCCCUGCGCCGCCCCCCGACAGCUCCCUCCUCGCGCGCCGCCACCGCCUCCAGUUCUCCUCCCCGUCGCCGCGCUCUAACCACCAGCGGCUCCUCCCCACCCUCCUCCCGCGCCUGCCCGCUCGCCCCCGGGCCGCUCCCAUGUCCGCCGAGGCGCGGGCGCCCGCGCCGCCGGUGGCGCCGCCGGCGCACCCAACCUACGAUCUCAGGGGCGUCAUCGCGCUCGCCCUCUCCGAGGACGCUGGCGACCGAGGGGAUGUGUCUUGUUUGGCCACAAUACCUUCGGACGUGGAAGCUGAAGCCACGUUUAUUGCUAAAGCAGAUGGUGUUAUUGCUGGAAUAAGCCUGGCAGACAUGAUAUUUAACCAAGUUGAUCCAUCGUUGAAGGUUGAAUGGUUUGAAAGUGAUGGAAAUUAUGUCCAUAAAGGAUUGCAAUUUGGCAAAGUAUAUGGGUGCGCUCGGAGCAUCAUCGUUGCUGAAAGGGUUGUGCUCAAUUUCAUGCAGAGGAUGAGUGGUAUUGCGACCUUAACAAAGGCUAUGUCUGAUGCUGCACGUCCAGCAUGCAUAUUGGAAACAAGGAAAACUGCCCCAGCUUUACGUCUGGUUGACAAGUGGGCAGUACUGAUUGGUGGUGGAAAGAACCACAGGCUUGGUUUAUUUGAUAUGGUUAUGAUAAAGGAUAAUCAUAUUUCUGUUGCCGGCGGGAUUGCAAAUGCAAUGAGAUCUGUUGACCAAUUCCUGGAGAAGGAAAAACUUACAAUUCCUGUGGAGGUUGAGACAAGGACAAUUGAAGAAGUGAAAGAUGUGCUGAAGUAUGCUGCUGAGAACAAAACUUCAUUAACCCGUAUAAUGUUGGACAACAUGGUCGUUCCUCUUCCAAAUGGGGAUGUGGAUGUAUCAAUGCUUAAAGAUGCAGUUCAAUUGAUAAAUGGUAGAUUUGAGACUGAGGCAUCUGGAAACGUGACAAUCGAUACAGUAAAGAAAAUCGGAGAAACAGGAGUUACCUAUAUUUCAAGUGGAGCAUUAACGCAUUCUGUGAAGGCUCUUGACAUCUCUCUCAAGAUAGACACCGAGCUCGCUCUUCAAGUCGGAAGACGUACAAAUCGUGCCUGACUCCACUGCAUUAUAUAUUGUACCCGCCUUGCCACAUCUACAAGAUGAUAGAUUAACCCAGCGUGGCAAAUCAAAUUAAAUAACUUAUCAAAUCCGAGCCGUCUGCCUGGUGCCGAGAGCUCUGACUGCAACCGUAGGAAAUGGGAUUCAUUCUUCAGUUUCAGGCUUUCAGCCGAAAUACACAAACACCACUCUGUGGAACAGAAUAAUUGGCAGGGGGCAGGUUGCUUCUCGCAUAUGUUCUAGCACCAGAUUUGGAAGCUGGAAAAGGAGCGGCUGCUGCGUUCUGCGGCCCGUAGCCGGUGAGGUAGGUCUCCCUGCGCCCUGCCAGAAAGGUUGGUUACUGUAAACGGGAUGCCGCACUGAAGGUUGCGAAGUUGCAAUACCACAAACAAAAUAACGAGAGAUCAACUGUGCCUCGGUGACAUGACAAAAGGCGAGGGCCAUAAUUUAGUAGAUGAACAAAAAGUAAGAGGAGGUUGCAAGGUCAACUCUGUACUUCACAUCUAGUAUUAUUAUUGCGUCGUUACAUCACCA